AUGUACGGCGCAUAUAAUCAAUUCGGAAAUCAAAAUGGUUUCGGAGGUUAUACCUCAAAUCUCACCGGUGCAGGAACCUUCGGCACUGGCUUCGGAGGUACAACAGGCUACUCAAACUUCGCUACUCCAAACUACUUUAACUUUGCUACACCUCGUUAUGAUGGUUAUGCUGCUCCCACUUAUGGAACUGGUUAUGAUGCUCUUGGUGCUUACGGACGUUUCUUCAGUUCACCAUAUGGUUACGGUACUCGUUAA